AGUUGAAGGCGGCGACGAUGGUGAUGAUGAAUGACGAUGAUGACGGUGAUGACAAGAAGACAGAGGGCAGCUUUGAGGUGAAGGGUUAUAUAGAGAAGCAGGUUGGAUGCUCUUCCCUGAAAGUCUUUUGGUCCGCGGUGGAAGAUGCCAUCCUCGCUCUUCUACCUAGCCUGCUGAGAAAUACCUGCAUGAACGGCUUAUAUUGAUUGAAUACCAACAUGGCACAGGGGAGAGAAGAGCAGCCAGGGAGCCGGCCAAAGAAGACAUGUUUUGUCACAGUAGGUGCUACGGCAUCUUUUAAUGCCAUGAUUCGAGAGAUCCUUCAUCUGGAUUUUCUGGCUGCUCUCAAGGUAAACAAUUACACCAAUCUAACCAUCCAGUACGGCCGGCAUGGAGACGAACUAUUCCGCUCUUUCGUCAAGGACAAUGAAAAUGAAGUACUUCAUAAUUAUGGGCUGACCCUGACCGGCUUCGACUUCAAUAUAAACGGCCUCAAGGAUGAGAUGUGCGCUGCCAAAGCAAAUCCAAGCACCAAUACAGCCGAGGGCCUUGUCAUCAGCCAUGCAGGGUCUGGGACUAUAUUGGAGGUGCUGAGGCUUGGUCUGCCUCUCAUGGUGGUGCCAAAUCCAGCAUUGAUGCACAACCAUCAGGCAGAGCUUGCAACGGAGUUAGCUUCCGCAAAUUAUGUAGUUCACGGGAAGCUUGGGUAUGGAUUUCCCUUGAGAAAAAAAUCGGCCUUGAAAUAGAAGCUCUAACAUUGUACAUAGGAGACUUGCUGGUGCUCUCCAUGAAGCAGAGAAGCUCCGCGAAAAGAUCCAUUCAUGGCCUCCCAAGCGUGAAGGCACAGAUUCUAAGGGGUUAGCUUGGGUGAUGGAAGAUGAGCUUGGAUUCCUCGAUUAAGAGUGAACAGUUGGAAUUCUCCCUUGAUUGAUUUGGACGGGCUAGUUAUCUCCAAAAACUGCCCGUGGAAGAAUAUUUUAUAUUAUUGAGUCGGAUUUUGAUGCCCCUGAAUCAGCUGGCAUCCUGAUCCUUUUUGCAUUAUAUACUCCGGAUUCAUCCAUCACUACCGCAUUUUCUCGUAUCCCAUGUAUAUACACACAUGUAAACAACAGGCUCGAUCUCUCUAAAGCCGCCUUUCAUCAUGUCAACAGUGUAACCUGCAGUUAGAGCAAGGACCCCGGAAAGCCGCAUCCAGCUGGGGGGCGCCGAAGCC